CUAAAAUCAUACCUGGUACCAGCAUCCCGAGUAUUCUGCCUCCACAAGGCAACAAUCUUCAAGCCGCAGCGAAUCAUCCGUCGACGACGGAGCAUUGGAUGAUCCAUAAUGUCAUCCGAAGACGUUCAAGAACAGCCUCCUUCCACUCCCCAAGAGGAGCAGGACGCGAAAACGGGUUGGAUAUGGUUCAUCACGGGGCCGACCGCCUGCGGCAAGACCACCAUCGCGAAGGCUCUUGCCAAGUCGCUCGGUUUCACCUUUGUUGAGGGCGAUGAUUACCACCCCUCAGCCAACCGCACCAAAAUGUCCCGCAAUGAACCCCUCACCGACGGCGACCGCGCCGCCUGGCUCGACGCCCUCCGCGCCGACGAGGCGCCGCAGCGGGUCGUCACUUGCUCGGCGCUCAAGCGCAAGUAUCGCGAUCUCCUACGGCGGGUCCCUCCUCCUAAUCCUCCCCCUGCUCCUCCUGAAUCAAGAUCUACUGGUAGUUCAUCACCUCAUGGGGAUGGGGGUCUUCCUCCUCCUGAGCUGGAGCCCAUGAGACUAAAAGUGGGGUUUGUCUUGCUGGACGUCCCCGCCGACGUGCUCCGCCAGCGGGCGAGGGACAGGAAGGGGCAUUUUGCCAAGGAGGGGCUUGUGGAGAGCCAGUUGAGGGAUUUGGAACUGCCCCGGGAAGGGGAGGGGGAGGGGGAUGUGUUGGUGGUGAAGGUUGGGGAGGGGAGAGGGGUGGAGAAUACAUUGGAGGAGGUUGUUGGGAGGGUGAAGGAGAAAAUGGGGAUGUGA